UUUCAUUUUCCAUAUGUGAAGUAAACUUCCGGUUUUUAUGAAAAGUAUUGUUCUGCUUUUUUGGAUCAUAAAUUACAAGAAUUUUAAGCAGAGUGAAACAAGAAUGGAUUCUAAACAGUGCCAUGUUUGCGGAGAAAUUUUCAUCAAUGUUAGUGUUGUCUGGUCCCACAUAAGUAGUCAUUCAAGAAAGGAGAUUUAUGAUUGUCUCGUGGCAUUCAAAUCAUCUUUAGAAAUUUUUAUGAAACAAUAUUUUGCCUUGAAGGAGUAUGUCGACUCAUAUUUAAUCCGAGGAAAUUGUAAAGAUAAUGACGAAAAUGGCGAAAACAAUAGUCAAGUGAAUAUGGUGGGAGAAAAUAAUAGAACAGUGAAUAUGGCGGAAGAAAACAAUAGCACAGUGAAUAUGGUGGCAGAAAACACUAGUGCAGUGAAUAUGGUGGGAGAAAACUUGCAUUCAGAUAAACACUUAUUUCAAAGAAAACAUCAAAACUCAAAAACAUCAGAAAGAAUCAAAAACAUUAAAAAAGAAAGAUGUAAAAGCAAUCAUGAAACAAAUGAACAAAAGGAACAACCUGACGAUGAUGUUGUUGUUUUGACCGAAACUGAUUUUAGACACGAAACAGAAAUUAAUCAUGUUGAUAAUAGAUUUAUUUCUGAUAAUGAUAAUCAUGAUAAUAGCAAUAAAUUUGAUUCAGAAAUGGGAGAUAACUCUUUGUCAGCCUCAAAGGGAGAUAAUUUCAAUCCUACAUCUGGAGAAACAUCAUUUUCAGAGCUUACAAAUUUACGAACAAAAUCUGAAGUUGAACAUAAUUUAUCAGUGAUAGACCUUUCUGAAGUUGAACAUGAAGAUGAAGACAUAGAUACAAAGUUUGAGAUGCUGUAUGAUCCGUUAGAAAAUGAUCACCAAACAAAAACAUAUCGAGAGAAAGAAAGAGAGAAAACUGAAAAUAUGUAUAUGUAUGCAACAUCAAAUCAUAAGGGUGAAAAUAACACAGACAACCAUACAAACACGCAAGAUAUAAAACCUGUACAUGUCCUAACGGGAAAAACAAUUCAGAUGAUUGCCAGAGAAAUCAGUUUAAACUCUGGAAGGGAUAGAAUCAUGAAAGAAACAACUUGUGAAGAAUGCGGGAGAACUUUUGCGACUAAAUUUGUCUUACGUCGUCACAUGAUGUCACAUACAGGGGAAAGAACUCAUGCAUGUCCAACAUGUGGUAAAGGGUUUAUCGGUAAACAAAAUAUGAUGGUUCAUCUCCGUGUUCAUACUGGUGAGAAACCUUAUAAAUGUUCUUACUGUGGACAACAGUUUUCACAGUAUGGUACAUUAUACCGCCAUAGAAAACGUCAUACCACAGAUAUGAGAACUGCAAACCGUACAGCAUUUUAGUAAUGAAAUAAUUAGCUUUAAUAAAUGUUUAUUGUUGUGUUUUUAA